AUGGCAUCCGAAAAGAUCAACAACUAUUCCGAUAGCUCAAGUGAAGACACGACGAUCGAUCGCGAAUCGGAGAAACUCAACGAUGGUAUAGGACGUUCCUAUGAGUGUAAUUUUUGCAAAAGAGGAUUUACAAAUGCUCAAGCUUUAGGAGGUCACAUGAAUAUUCAUAGAAAAGACAAGUUGAAAGCCAAGCAAAAUAAUCAAGAAUCUUCAACAAAAUUAUUAUCCAAAGAAGCUAAUUAUGUCUUUGAUAAUUCAAGGUAUAAUAAUAACUAUGCACCUAUUUCAAGUCAUGAUGAAUUACAACAUCAUCACUAUUCUAAUAGUUAUCAAUUUCAUUUCCAAUUACCUCAAAACCCUAGUUAUAACCAACAUGUUUAUAAUCAUCACCACGAUGGAUCGGGUACGAGGCAUGACAAUUAUUAUGAUGGUAAUAACCUUAGUUUGACAAUUGGACCUACACUUAUUGACGAUGAUGAUGAAGAAGGAGGAGGGAAGAAAGAUGUGGAUGAAAGUGAACUCGAUUUGGAGCUUCGUCUUGGUUAUAGUAAUCAUUAA